AUGUUUACAUGGUUUAUGCCAAACGCAUGUAGUCAUGUAUAGUCGGUUUAUAGCGCGAACAAUACUAACCUAACGAUUUAUUUUAGUAUAUAAGAUAAAUAAGCAUAUUUUACUAUAAAUUUAAUAUUUGAAUGUCAACUAUCGUAUAAAUAUAAAAAUGGAUCGAACGGGUCUUGGAAAUUCUUUGGGAAGAAAUGUCAAUUCUCCAAGAAAAAGAAUGUCAAUAGUGCAGUCCUUGAAGAAAAAUAGUUCAGGAUUAAGUAUGUCAGGGAGAUCUAAUCAGUCUGUACAAGUCAUUUGUAGAACUCCGGGUCAUGUUGUUGAAAGUUUUGGAUCGUCUUUACCUGUUCUUGUCACAGAAGCUUUAACAUUUGUUGAUAAAAGUACAGCUGUUAGUGUUUGUGUAUCCGCAGAUGGAUGGGCUUGGCUAAUAUGUGGACGUAGAAUUUUAGUAUGGCAAUGUAAAACUACAAUACAUGAUCCUAAACAAAGAAGAAUAUUUAAAAGUCAGUGUCGUGAAUUACAAUUACCUCAAAGCGAUCUUGCUCACAAAGCUGAAUGUAUAGCUGUAUGGCUACCUCCAGGACAACAGGUUCCAAGUUGUAUGGCAGUUUCACCAGAAGGUAUUGUACGAUUUUGGGCUAGUAUAGCUCAUGAAGGAUCAUCUGUAGAAACAAGUGCUGAACUUGCUGGACAAGAAGUUAAUUGUCUAACAUAUAUCCUUGGUCAUGGUUGUAUUUUAGCUACAACCACGUGUACAGUAGCACUUUUACAACCACAAUUUGUUGGUGGAAAAAAUAGUAUUGUUUGCCGUGUCCUUAGAACAAGUCAAGGAUGGUUGGGUGGCAUUGGACGUAGAAUGACAUCUCUUAUUUUUGGAGCUAUACCACAAUCGCCAGUUGCAGAAACUAAAUUAGUGAAAGUCAUAUGUUCAGGACUUGGAGAGAAAGGAUCAAGGGUUUUGAUUCUUGCUGGAUUAUCAUUACAAUAUUGGUCAUUUCCACAUAAUGAACAAGAAAAAAUGGAAUUUGAUGAAGAUAUUAGUCAUAUGGUUUCACAAGCAUUUCAAAGAAAAGUUUGGGAAUCAAGUGCAUGUAAUCCACAAAGUAUGGAUACUUGGUUGAUUGAUAUGCAAUUUUGUGAAGAAGGAAUAGUACUUCUAAUGGCAGCCCACUGUGCUGAUAUUUCUAUGCAAAUUUAUUUUGCUCUUGGAUUAAUAUCUUUAUCUGGCACAUCUAUGGCAAAUAGUUUCAAAUGGUUUAUUCCUGUGAAAUUUGAUUAUAUUCUCUUUUAUCAUGUUGAUAUAGAAACGAUUUUACUUUCUCAUCGUUUCAUACUGUGCGGCUGGGAAGCGAUUAUAUAUGAUCAAUUUAAUGUUAUUGUAGUUAAUUGUGCUUCUGAACAUGAACAAGAGAAAAUAGAAUUAAUUAGAGGUAAAGAAGACAGUAUCUUAGGAGGAGCUUUAUGUUCUGGAACACCAGUACUAUUUACAAAAAAUGUUGGGCUUGUUUCUAUUAUACCAACAGAUUUUUCGUCACAAGACUUUAAUACAAAUUACACAGAUAUUAAUGCUACUAUAGAUUAUAAUUAUAAAAAUGAUCAAACAGCACAUAACUUUUCUCUACUUACAAGUAAUGAUGAAUUGCAAGAUAUGUUUUAUAGUUCUGAUGGUGCCACACAAUUAAGAGCUGCGUUUUUACUUAGUUUACGUCAAAAUAAGUUACAAUGUGAAGAAAUUUUAACACAAUUAUUUCCUCUGCAAGAAGAACCUGUAAUGGACAUUGAUGCAAUUCUUGAUACACUGGCUUUGAAAGUUGCAAAAGAUUUAAUUGAUGAUUAUCCAGCAAAUGAUCCACGUUGGACAAACCAUAGAGAUUUAUCUAUGACAAUCAAUGCUGUUACUGCUAUUCAAAUACCGCAUCAAUUAGAAGGAAAACAAAAAGCAUUAGAUUUAUUUGUAUCAUUCUUAAAAGAACAUAAUUUAUGGGAUAGAUUCUGUGCAGUAACAUAUAGAGGAAUAAUCAUGUCUACAUCGCAUGUUCUUAGUGAAUAUGCAGAAAAAAUAGUUGCUGCUAUGACUAUAUAUAAUCUUCAAAAUAGGAAUCCAGAGCUUAUUGAUUCUAUUAUUGAACAAACGUUGAAUCCUGAAACAUAUGUUUCUGAAGAAUUAACUUCACGUGAUAUAUUUUAUCGCGAAGUAAGUGCCGUACAUUUAUUCCUGCCUACUUUAGUAAGCAAUGCAACUGAAGUUACACUAUCAGAAAGACCAACGCAUCAAGUUGCACAAUAUAUAAUGCAAGUAAAUUCUAUAUUAUUGGGUGUUUUACACGAAGUAGUAAAAUAUCGACAGUAUAAUGCUGAACGUUUUGUGCCAACAAGAUGUUCAAAUGGUAUAACGGAAUAUCUUCCUUGGACUGCAGCUUCUGGUAAACAUGGUCUUAGAAAUUGUCUUACUACAAUGCAUAAUAUGACUUUAAAACAUGGUGUUACUGGAACGAAUGAUACAACAAUUAGAAAUGAAUUAUACGAACAACUAGUCAGUCUUAUAGAUCUUAUAUUAGAUGGAAGAAAAUGUCAUUUAGAAAGUAUUCGUGGUACUGAAAAAUUUGAAAUACUUUUAAAACAAUAUGAGACAGAUAGAAUGAAUUUGAUUCAACCUCUUAUAAAAGAAGAACAAUAUGAAAAUGCUGCCAUGCUUGCUGAAAAAUAUUGUGAUUUUGUAUCUCUUGUACAAAUUUGCGAAUUAACAAAUAAUAAAAAUAGACUUGAUAGUUACAUAGAUAAAUUUGCGUCACAAGAUUUUGCAGGUUUUUUAUUUUCAUGGUACGUGAAAGAUGGGCGACAAGGGCAAUUAGUAGAGAGAUGUAGACGUGGUGGUUCCAUCGAAUUGACAGAAAAAUUAUCUGAACAUCCCACUUUAUCAUGGGUGCAAGCAGUGUUAACGGAUGAAUUAAGAUUUGCAGCUAAUACACUUCAUUCGUUAGCAGUUCAAGAAACUGAAUUAGUAACACGUAAAAAAUCUAUGUUGUCAUUGGCAAAAUUGGCACUUCUUGCAUCUGAUGAACCUGAAUAUGAAAUAAAAGAUUGUAUAAAAAGUAUUGACAAUGAAUUAGCUUUGAUUGCUCAUCAAGAAGAUUUACCAACUGGAGUACUCACCACAUAUGGAUAUGAUAUUGAAAAAUUGAAAGUAUUUACACCAGUAGAAUUAAUUACGCUUUAUACAUCUGAAGAUAAUGUCAUAGCAAGCGAAUAUGAUUUUAAAAAAGCUUUAGAUUUAUUAGAUUAUGUCAAACAAGAAGAGGAAAAGUCCUCAUUAAAAUUGCGAAUUUGGGCACGUGCAGCCCGAAGGGAUUCAUGGGAAUCAGUUGAAAAAAAUCCUAAGCAACAAGCACAAGGAACUAUAUUUUUUAAAUUAAUGGAGCUUGCAUAUAUGAUGGGUGGUAAAGUUAAAGAAUUUCUACCAUCAGUUGAUGCACUUUUAAUGGAACCUGAAUUAGGAACUCUUGCAGCAUCCAGUAAUUUUCAAUUUCUUGUCAAAUUAUUAUAUGAAUAUGCUUAUGAUAAUUAUUAACGUUAAAAUAUUUUUACGUGAUAUCAUUACCAGUACUAAGUUUGUAUUUUUGUAUACAAUAAAUAAAAACUAUAUAUAAACUAUCAAUAA